AUGCCCGCCGCCGCCGCGCCGCCCGCCCGCCCCGGCGCGGCCGCCCCGCCGAGGCGCGGGGCGCUGCGGGCCCGCUGACCGCGUCCCCCGAGGGCUUCCCCGCGGCCAUGGCGCCCGCCUGGCCCUGGCUGCUGCUGCUGUGGCUGGGGGCUCUGCGCGCCCUCCCGGCCCCGCCGCGCAUCCGGCUGCCGCUGCGGGGCGGCGCGGCCCCGCCGUCGGGACUCCGGCAGCGCCGGGCGCCGCUGGACACCGAGCCCGACAGCACCGGCAGCUUCGUGGAGAUGAUCGACAACCUGCGGGGCAAGUCCGGGCAGGGGUACUACGUGGAGAUGACGGUGGGCAGCCCCCCGCAGAAGUUGAAUAUCCUGGUGGACACAGGGAGCAGUAACUUCGCUGUGGGAGCUGCACCACACCCCUUCCUCCGGAGAUACUACCAGCGGCAGCUGUCCAGCACCUACCGCGACCUGCGGAAGGGAGUGUACGUGCCCUACACCCAGGGCAAGUGGGAAGGGGAGCUGGGCACUGACCUUGUCACCAUCCCCCACGGCCCCAACGUCACUGUCAGAGCCAACAUCGCUGCCAUCACAGAGUCAGACAAAUUCUUCAUCAACGGCUCCAACUGGGAAGGGAUCCUGGGACUGGCGUAUGCUGAGAUUGCCCGGCCCGACGACAGCCUGGAGCCCUUCUUUGACUCGCUGGUGAAGCAGACACGGGUGCCCAACAUCUUCUCCCUGCAGCUGUGCGGGACAGGCUUCUCUCCCAACGAGACAGAGGCCGUGGCCUCGGUGGGAGGCAGCAUGAUCAUCGGUGGCAUCGACCGCUCGCUGUACGUGGGUGACAUCUGGUACACGCCCAUCCGCAAGGAGUGGUACUACGAGGUCAUCAUCGUCAAGCUGGAGGUCAACGGGCAGGACCUGAACAUGGACUGCAAAGAGUACAACUAUGACAAGAGCAUUGUGGACAGCGGGACCACCAACCUCAGGCUGCCCAAGAAGGUGUUUGAGGCUGCGGUGAAAUCCAUCAAAACAGCAUCUUCGACAGAGAAGUUCCCAGACGGUUUCUGGCUGGGGGAGCAGCUGGUUUGCUGGCAGGUCGGCACCACCCCCUGGCACAUCUUCCCCGUGCUGUCCCUCUACCUGAUGGGGGAGGCCACCAACCAAUCCUUCCGGAUCACCAUCCUGCCCCAGCAAUACCUGCGCCCGGUGGAGGACGUGGCCACCUCUCAGGACGACUGCUACAAGUUUGCCAUCUCCCAGUCCUCCACGGGCACCGUCAUGGGCGCCGUGAUCAUGGAGGGCUUCUACGUGGUGUUCGACCGCGCCCGCAAGCGCAUCGGCUUCGCCGUCAGCGCCUGCCACGUGCACGACGAGUUCCGCAGGGCGGCGGUGGACGGGCCCCACCUGCACUCCAACAUGGAGGACUGCGGCUACAACAUCCCGCAGACGGACGAGUCCACGCUGAUGACCAUCGCCUACGUCAUGGCGGCCAUCUGCGCCCUCUUCAUGCUGCCCCUCUGCCUCAUGGUGUUCCAGUGGCGCUGCUUCCGCUGCCUGCGGCGCGACCACGACGACUUUGCCGACGACAUCUCCCUGCUGAAGUGACGGCGCUGCAGGUGAGGCAGCGGGGCAGGGCUGGAGUGUGGUGGCAGCCCGGGGAGCUCAGACCCUGUGCCCGGGGCCUGGGGACUCGGUGUCCGUCAGGGCCGGCAGCCAGGGGAGCCCCAGGCUCAGUCUCCAUCUAUCUGGGACCUGCAGCUGGGGGGAGUGCAGCAGCCCCAUCCUGGGAGCUGGGGGUGGCUUCUCUGCUCCAGCACCAGGACAGCACCAAGCUCUCCCACCCAGCCUUGCCUGGCUUGAUGGAGUGACGCUGAUGAGCCAUCCCCUGCCUGUCCCCUCCCAUCCCUGUGCAUCCCUUUGCAGCUCGCCCCGCCAGGAACCUGCCAGCCCAGGCUCUCUUGUAGGGAGCUGUGCUGCAGCUGUGCCUCCCCUGUGACUCCCUGCACUGAGCCAGACUCCAGGGUCAUCCUGGAGCCAUCCAGCCUCAGGCUUUUCAGAGACAGCCCUGCAGGGCCAGCCUGGGCUGCCCAGACAGGGCUUUCCCUCCUACCCUGCUGCCCAUACAUUGCUCAUUCUGAUGUUUCCCCUGCAUUUUCCUGCCUUCCUGAGUUGUGCUCCUGCUGCCACCAGCCCCAAGAUUCCCUGUGCCCUCCUGGGACAGGCAGGAGCUGGUACCCAUCCUCUCCUGGGACAGGCAGGAGCUGGUACACAUCCUCUUCCAGAACAGCAGGAGCAGGUACCCAUCCUCUCCUGAGACAGGCAGGAGCAGGUACCCAUCCUCUCCUGAGACAGGCAGGAGCAGGUACCCAUCCUCUCCUGGGACAGGCAGGAACAGGCACUCAUCCUCUCCUGGGACAGGCAGGAACAGGUACUCAUCCUCUCCCCACGUCACAUGGGAUGGGAAACUCCCUGCCCUCGCUUCCAGCAUCAGCAGUGGCUGCCACACAGGAGCCAGUGCCAGGAGUGAAGUUCCCAGCCCUGGCCCUGGCUGCUCCCCAGCCCACCCAGCCCUUCAAAAGCCAUAGGGGAGCCUGGGCCCCCCCUGCAGCCCCCCACCUCCCUGCCAGCACAUCCCACGGCACAGCAGCUCCUCUCUGCUCAGUCCACACGUCCAGGCCCGGCUGUGGGACACCCUGGCAUCCUGGGGACAGGCAGCAGCUGUGGGAACUGCAGCAUUUAUUGUUUUUUUAGACACAUGGUUGUAUUUAUUUUAUUUUUUUUUACAAUGCGUGUCAUUGGUAGCGCAGCUGCGCGUUGAGAGCGUGUACAGAGCCGGUCCCACGUGUACAGAGCACGGCUGCCUCUCACCUGUACAGUACAUCCAUAUAUCUCUAUUUUUAAUUCUAGCCCUGAAAGCCACUGUUCCAACAUCAGGGGUCAGUCCUGUUUUGUUUUGGGGGUUUUUUUAGUCUCCAGCCUUCUGCUCAGUCCUUGGCCACUGUGGGCACCAGGCAGGGCCAGGGCUCACGCUGCAGCCGCGUGUUUGGUGGGAGCAGGUGAUGGUGAGGGGGCCCCAGCUGGCUUGAGGAGGGGUGCAGGGCUGGAGCACGCAGAGCAGUGGCUCACGAGCCCAAAGGACCCUGAGCACAGGAGGCACCUCUGUCCUUGAGGAUUUUCCAGUGUGUGAGGACAACCCCUCCUCCCUGUGCUGCAGGAUCACCGUCCCUUCCCCAGAGCAGACACCCCUGGCCUUGCAGGCAGUGCUAGUGCUGUAUUCCCUUGCUUCUCUGCCUCCAGCCUGGAUAGGAAGGAGCUCAAACACGUUGCCACAAUUAAAAGGCAUCACCCCUCCAUGAGCAGAGGGGGUACCUGCAGUGCCAGAGCUGAGCUGGCGGCUGCCCUGCAGAGCCACCGGGUCAGGCAGGGACAGACUGAGGACCCAGAGCAAUCAGAGCAUAAAUCCUGUUAACUAAAUCCUGCAGCCACACGUUUUCUUUGGGAAAGCAAAGCAGCGAGGGAGCCAGGAAAGGCAGCACAGGAGACCAGCCAGCCCUCGCAUGGGGCACUGCCACAACAGCCCCCACACUGCCCCUGCUCACUCACACCGAGCCCCCGGCCCCAGCCUCGCUCCAAACCCGCACCCAGCCACUCCCUGCAAGAGGGCAACCUUCUCCCCCCACCCUCGUGCCUGCCCAGGACCCCCAGGACCCCAGAGACUCUGUUGUGGACCACUGCCUUAAAACACGCCCGGAGGAGCCGGCCUGCGGCGGGUUCAGCACCAGGGCUGCUCCCCUGCCCACGGGGGCAGCCAGCAGUGCCCAGCUCCUGCCACAGAUCCUGAGCAAAGGGGGUGGGGGGAUUUUUAGAGAGUCGUUGCAAGAUUUUCAGCGGUGCUGAGCACCUCGCAAUCCCAGCGGAAUCCAUGGAGAAAGGGUGGGGGUCAGCCCGUGCUUUGGGACAGUAGAGAGGGAACGCAGGGUUGGACAGGUUGGUUCAUCCUGAGCUGCAGCGCAGCCGUGUCCGUCCGCUCCCUCCCCAGGGCCCAGACAGCAGCAGGGGAGGGGAUGGGAUGGGAUGGGACCAUGGGCUGUCGCUGGAGGCUCCAGUAUUCUGUAACCCAGUGUCUAUGUAAGAACAAUGAAUGUUAACACGGUAAAUUAUUAUGACAUUAAAAAAAAAAUAAAUAAAAAA